AUCUAACCCCUAAAUCAGAAACAUUGCUCAAAGUUUGGUUUAGACUUAUCGAGAUGGAGCUUGAAGGAGUCGAUCUGGGAAUGUGUAUUUCCAAGCGGAACAUGACUUUCUUCUCUGAGAACCAGCUUCAUGUUUUCGGUGUAUCAGCUCGAGAUUUGACUGGAGAUAUAAAGUAUUAUGUUUUGCGCAAUAUUUAACGCAAUACUUCGCUUGGGGAAACAGGGCUGAUCGUAUUGUGAGUGUUGCAAGAACUGGACAAAAAAUAAUGUCAGGAUAUGGGAUAAGUUCUGGAUAUCUGGAUAUGACUUGCGCCACUGGUUCCAGCAGUUACGAGAUCAUAUUUUUGACGUUUUACUCUGCGAGUAAUAAGAGCAGGAUUUCACAAACAGAUGACGUUUGAUAAGCGUGAUUCGUAAGUGAACGCAAAAGGAAAAUCAGAUGAAGGUGAUGAGGACAUUUUACCGUGUACAUGUGAGAACACAUAUUCCUGUGUUAACAACACCUGCUGGAGCUGAAUCUGCUUCUACAGUUUGGUCCACAAGCGGGUUGUGAGAGGCUGUUUUUCGACCAGUGAGCAGUGCCAUGUGCUUGACGUCCCUAGCUUGUAUUCUAAGUGCUGCUUCACACAUUUCAGUAAUGCUAACCUCAUUGUGCCUGAACCAGCAGUAGUGCUGGUGGGAGUGCCUCUGUUAGUGCUGCUGGUGAUGUCGAUGGCAGCCUGCGGUCUCAUACUGUGGCUGCGUACAAGGCGACAGCACCACCAACUGAUGGAGCAUGAAACCUCCGUGCUCAAAGUCCCUAACGGGUCUCUUUGUUUUGAUUUGUACAUCAGGCAGUGGCCUACCUAUCCGGUGCAGAUGACUAUGGCUCGACAGAUCUCUCUGGUUGAAUGUGUUGGUAAAGGCCGUUAUGGAGAGGAAUGGAGAGGCAUGUGGAUGGGAGAUAGUGUGGCUGUCAAGAUUUUCUUCUCUCAUGAUGAGCAGUCCUGGUUUAGAGAGACAGAGUUCUACAACACAGUCCAACUGAGACAUGACAUCUAAAAACUCCAGUACUCAGCUAUGACUGGUCACGCACUUCCAUGAGUUGGGCUCCCUUUAUGACUUCCUGCAGUACAUCACACUGGACCCAGAGGGCUGCCUGCGCAUGUGCCUGUCCAUAGCCAGUGGCUUGGUGC